AUGUCCACCUCAGGUGCACUCACAGCUUUUGCACUCGAGGCCGGUCGCGAACAAGCACAGGCCAAAGUAAUCGCAUUGUUCCUUGCAGAACCUGCAAAGGGCGUAGAACAGUUUCGCGCUCUUUUUGACCGAUACCGGAAAGAUCCCGAACAUCGAACCGAUUUGAAUACUGCCAACGAAAAGGAGCUGCUCGGCUCAUUUGCUCACUGGGUUUAUUCCUUAAAAACGAUGUAUUUGGCACGACAAUCUGCUCUUCAACGUAGACAUCUCGUCACCUUCGCCGCGCCGAACGGCUUGCUUGAGCUCUAUCAGGAUAUCAUACUGUGGCCUGGUUUCUUCUCCCAGGAUCGGUUGGUCCUUGAGAACAUACUCGACGGCUUUGCUGUUGUCAUAUCGAUGACACCCAUAGAACAUGUCAGAACCCGACUGCGCCCCGGCGCGCCCAGGGUAUGGGCACAUAUAUGGAAAAAUAAGUUCCAAUAUCCCCUCUGGGGCUCGAGAUCAGAAGAUGGUCUGGUUGACGGAGCCGAACCGGGACCCGACGCAAGCAGCGCAACUGUGAUGCUAUUGCAGGCAUACCAAGGUUUGUACGAGUCGGUCGAGGAAUUUGCCCCUGUAUCCACCUUCAUCCCCCAGACUGUUCUCUAUAUCUGGUCUCGAUACGAUGGACACACAUCGGAUUUCCUCAUGCUUGAUCACGUUCUGAAUCACGUAUCGCGAUCGCUCUUGUUUCGAUCUGAAAGCAGUGAUGCUCUCCUCCGCGAAGCCAUCGUCGACACGAAUAUCGGCUUGGACGCAUUCUUCAAUCGCUUGGACUCAGAGAUCCAAUUUGCGCACAAACUGUCUGAAGCAAACUUGCUCGAUACCUACAUCGGCCUAUUGAUGUUGAUCGAUGCCAAGACCUUCGACUUGAUGCCCUACUUGAGCAAAUAUCAGGUUGUACACCAUGUUCUCAUGGCUCUCAUGGACGACAGGCUCCUCGUCAAAUGGCCCUCUCUGAUACAGACAUGGCUAAGGGUUUUUCCUGUACUCAGGAUCGCCGCCCAAUACUUCAUCACUAAUGGAACCAUAGUGAUCAGCGGAGAAGACACCAUCGCAUUCAUGUCGGUCAGUCUGACAGCUCUUGUCGCGGAGAAGCGCGUGUCGGAGCUUAACCGUCAGGGAAUCGAAGAGUGCCUGUCGGUCAAUAUGCAAGACUACUACCGCAUCGCCAAGAUCGCGGGCGCGAGGACUCACUGGUGGCCUACCCUCUCGAAGCUUCGCAAGGCCAAACGCAUCGAACCCAAUCAUCAGAGUCUGUUCGACCUUUGGGUAGGCUUUGGGGCGGUAUUGGGCCUCGAUGCCAACCGCGAGCGUCAGCGACACGAAGAAGAAGAACGGACACGUUGUUCGUGGCGCGAGUGUCCGCACCGGGGCAACGCUGUACAGGACAAACCGACGACGAAGAAGUGCACAGGUUGUGCAGAAACUCGAUACUGCAGUCGCGAGUGUCAGCUGAGAGACUGGAAAGAGGGAGGACACAAGGCGCGAUGCAAGAGGAUCAAGAACUCCUGA